AUGCCCAAGGCAAAACCUGCAAAGAAAGCCGCCACUGGUGGUAAAAGAAAACUAUCUCCAUAUAACGCUUUCAUGAAAGCCGAACUUCCAAAAGUGAAAGCUGAGAAUCCGAAUCUCGAACAUAAAGCUGCUUUCAAGUUGGUCGCUGAACGAUGGAAGAAUAGUCCCGAUAAUCCAAAGAAUCAAGGAAGCUAA